AUGGCUGUGAAGUCAGGAUUUAGUACGAUCAGGUUUGCAAGACAAGUGUUUUAUGAAAUGCUUGAGAGGGAUAUAGUUUCUUGGAGUUCAAUGAUGGCUGCUUAUGUUCAUUGGAGGUCUAUUAAUAUGAUUGUCUUUCCUGCUUUCUUUUCCUGUUUAUCUUUUACUGUGAGAUAUCUCGGUAACUUGCCUUCAGAUGCUCUGCUCCUGUUCCAAUGUAUGAAGCUAGCAAAUGAAAAGCCAAAUUUUGUCUCUUUUGUUAGCUUGCUGGGGGCAUGUACUCAUAUCCUGAAUAUCAGAUUAGGUAAAUGUAUUCACUUGCACAUUGUUACCAGUGGUAUUGAACUACAUGUUGAGCUGGGAACAACCCUCCUGGGCAUGUAUGCAAAAUGUGGUCAUAUACAGCAGGCUUUCCGCAUAUUCAAUUCGAUGGAUGAUAAAAAUCUGCAGACCUGGACCAUCAUGAUUUCUGGUCUUACUGAUCAUGGACAUGAGGAAGAAGUUGUGUCCUUGUUUGCCAGAAUGGAAGAAUCUGGCUUUAGGCCGGACAGCUUAUCAUUUUCUGCAAUCUUAUAUGCUUGUAGUCAUAUUGGCUUUGUUGAUGCGGGCCGUGAAUAUUUUGAAAAAAUGGGAGGUUUUUAUGACAUCAGGUCAACUAUGGAACAUUACGGAUGCAUGGUGGAUAUGUUUGGACGUGCUGGAGAAUUAGAAGAAGCUUAUGAUAUUAUAAGGAGCAUGCCUACAGAGCCUAAUUCUGUGAUAUUGAGGAGUUUCAUUAGUGCUUCAGUUGGGUGCAGUCGCUUGAUAGUCCUUCCGAAGGAAGCAGUUGAAGGAUCUGGUAGUAAUGUUUCUGUUUAUGCCAAUAGAAGAGGCAAUUCAGAUCACAGGAAUGAAGGAAUGAAGGGACUGUUACAUGCCAAAGACGAAAGAACACUAUCAAUGGUGGAGGAAAAUGAAUUGCUUCUUUUUGGGUAA